GCGUAGGAGAGAGCCAGCGUUUAGGGAAGAUACGUUUGAGCGCGUCGCCGAAGGGCCCGAAGACAAUCGGAGGGGAGUGCCAGGGAGUGGAAUCGGCAGCAUGUUUGCGACUAGGUGCCGAGCUCUUGUGCGGCGGGCCGGCGAUAUGGUGCUGAGGCACGUCGAAUCCAAGGUUGUGGGGUCUCCCUGUGGGGGAAGGAGGGGUUUAGCCAUCGCCAGAACGUCGUAUUAUGUGAAACAGGAGGUGAUCCCGAAGAACAGCAGGGGAUGGCCAUGGACAGUGGGAGUUCGACAAUAUACAAGUGUGGGAUCUGGAAGUGGAGGUCGGUCGGGUGGACUUGCUGUAAGGAACCCGCCCGAUAUGUUCCCCUUUACUGUAAAGGGGUUGAAUCACAUCGCUAUCGCGGUGCCUGAUCUUGGCGAAGCAUCAGAGCAUUACAGAACAGUUUUUGGCGCCCAAGUGAGUGAGCCGCUGGACCAGCCAGAGCAUGGUGUCACUGUGGUCUUUGUGCACUUGUCCACGGCAACAAUUGAGCUUCUGCAUCCACUUGGUCACAACAGUCCUAUCACAAAGUUCAUGGAGAAGAACCCAAAGGGGGGCCUGCAUCACAUCUGCGUGACGGUUGAUGAUAUCCACUCGGCGUCGAAGCACAUGCAGAAAUCUGGAGUGGGAGUGCUUGGAAACGGUGAACCGAAGCUAGGGGCUCACAACAAUCCGGUUCUAUUCCUGCACCCAAAAGAUAAUAAUGGUGUUCUGUUUGAACUCGAGCAAGUUUCUUGUGCGGAGAAAGAUAAAGACAUUGAUGCGUAAGCAUUUGUCGAUUUCUCACCCCUCUUCUGCUUUUAAUGAUCUCAAGCACAGUCG